GGUUAUCCAUUGAAAUAUAGUCUUAACGACAAGACGUACGUAUGUAAAUAAAUAGAGUUAUGAUGUCGGCGAUUUAAAUUAUAUAGGACGACACACUCUUUUCAAAAUGGAUGUAUAUGAUUUUUUUGGAUAUUUUUGCUUUUAUUUCUUUGGAUUUCUCCUUUCAGUAUGUCCUGUCAGUUCCAGCCAUAGUAGAAGAUAUAACCACUAUUCUUCUUACUACUACUAUUAUUAUGAGGGAUAUGACGGGUCUGCCAGUAUGGUAGCUGGUAGUAUUAUAGGUGGAUUGAUUGCUCUGUGUAUCGUCAUAGCUAUUGUCAUUGUGGUUGUACACGCUUGUAAUUGUUGUAAAACACACGGUAUACGUGGCCACACGAUACGUCAAACACCAAUAGCCACAGUUACUUCAAGGGCCCCUUACAGCACACCUCUUCACAAUAACUGGUCAUAUAUACCACCGACAGCACCUCCGUAUCAACCAUUAGUAACAAAGCCACCACAGUAUACAAGUAGUGAUGUAAAUCCUCCACCAGCGUAUGAAGAUAUUAGUGUAUCAUCGCCGCCAUCAAAUACAACAUUUCAAGGAAUAUCGUCACCAGCAUCACCAUGUCCGCCAUACAGUGAAAUGAGGUCAUGAUGAUUACCUGCUCCGCUAUACAGUGAAAUAAGGUCAUGAUAUAUGGUGGACAGAGCAACACAAACCUUGAAUUUACCCUGUAUUUAUAUAUAUAUAUAUAUAUAUAUAUGCCUCAAUCAAAAGUUAAUGCAUUUGAUUGGAAACUAAAUCAGCUUCAUUUUAUUAUUUUUACACGAAUGUGAUAUAUUUGACAAUCAUUUUAAGCAUCAAAAGUGGAAAUUCGUCUUUAGUGUAUUAAUUUUUAUAUAAAUUAAUUCCAAAUAGAUUUGAAUAAGUGAACUAUAGAAUUUUGUGAAGAAAUGUUAUGUGAUUGAUUUAAGAAUUUCCAUUUUAUUUACAUGACGCCGUCACACUGAUUAUUUUGUCCUUUUGGGGCUUUUUUAACUCUGCUUUUUUAUUUUAAAUGUUUUUUAUUGAAAAAAUUAAAUGUGAUGAACUAUUGAAAAUAAAACCAAUGAAGAUCGAUUCCACCAUGAAUUCAGAAAACCCACGUCGAAGGCAGCGUUUAAUCUUAAGUUCAAUAAACUCAAUGCAAACCACACCUACAGUUUGUUAUGGGAGCUACCAUUUAACUUCGAGGGGGUUAUUUUGUUUUGUCAGAAGAUUUUGAUUUAUCACCGUAAGGUAUGGGACACCCUCCCACUUCCCCCUAAUUUUCCUUGAAGUUAAAUAGUCGUUCCCAUAAGGCCAUGGUUUGUCGAACCUGUUUUACUAUAAACAUUGAUCAAGUUGUCGAACCUGUUUUACCAUAAACAUUGAUCAAGUUGUGUUUAUAUUGGUGCUGAGUAAUGAUAUAUUAGAAUCGUGCUUUUUGCAUUAAGAUUUUUAUCAUAAAUAUCAAUUCAUUGGUAUGUAGUGACACGAAUAGUUCUCUUGUUAUUAUAUGAUGAGAGAAGACAAAUUAGAUCUCCACCCACAUUUUCAUCCUCAUCCCCAUCUUCAUCAUCACGUGACUGCUGGCGGUUACUUUUAUCUGUUUAUAAAUACAAAACCUGCUAUGCAGGUACUAUUUUAUGAGGGUUUGACCAUAAAUUAGCGUUGUUUUAAGGUUGUUUAUUUAUUUACAUGUUUUACUGACAUUAUACUUAGUGCAUUCUAAUUUGAAUAUAAUCAAGAUCCUAAUUUGUACCCUUCUACUGAUGUGACCAACCUUAUUAUUUGUAUGCACAUGAAACCCAGGGUUUAACUAGAAUGGGUACUUUUUACAGAAGCUAACAAUUGAUCUUAGAAAAUAACAUAAAAAUUGUGCAGAGAGUCUAUUAAUUUUGUUAAUUUUUAUAAAGGAGUAUAACAUGUACAUAUAUUUUAUAAAUUAAGAUAAAUAUUAUCAACAAUUCAUUGUUUUAAAAGUAUAUCAUGCUAUUUGUUUGCUUUAAAGUCAAUAAAAAUCAAAUGACUAG